AUGUCCCCCCUCUGUGUAUGGGUGUGUGUUUGUGUGUACGUGCUGGAGAGAGACUCGAGGCUGCAGUGUGACGACCCAAGCCAUGAGCUGCCAAAGGAGGGGAAGAUCAGGGAUAUGGUGGGUCAGUUGAAGAGGUGUGUGUGUGCCGGUCUACCUCCCUCAGAGAUGCACGAGAAACACAGGAGCAGCCUUGCAGCACCCCUCCCACCCCACAGACGAGCUGUGGUAAUUCCUCUCCUGGACCAGGAACAAGGAGUUGUCAUCUCAGUCUUACUGGUGGGCUGUAAACCGCUGAGUGAUCAAGACGAACAACACCUCAACACUCUGGAGAAACAUGCAGCUGUAGCGUGUAGGAGGGUACGAACCCUGCAGUCGGCCAAUCAGAAGUCUCUCGUCAGCCUGUCACCGAUCCAGCCCCACAAUGCACUGCUCCGGCCCGACCCCACAUACUACUGUGACCUGGACCGCAAGAUUCUACAGCUGUGUGGUGAGCUGUAUGACCUUGAUGCAACUACUCUUCAGCUCAAAGUAAUAAAUUAUUUGCAGCAGCAGACCCAGUCUCAGUGCUGCUGUCUGCUUCUGGUGUCUGAGGACAACCACCAGCUCUUCUGUCAGGUGGUUGGAGACAAAGUUCUGGAGGAGGAGAUCAGCUUCCCUCUGAUGUUUGGGCGCUUUGGGCAGGUAGUGGAGAAGAAGAGAUCCAUCACUCUUCAGGACGUCACUGCGGAGGAGCGUAGACAGCUAUCCAGUAUGCUGGGCAGUGAGGUGUCCUCUCUGCUAUGUGUCCCUGUGGUCAGCAGAGCCACUGGCCAGGUGGUGGCACUAGCCUGCGCCUUCAACAAACAGGGAGGACAGAGGUGUGACACACACACUUGCUCUGUGUUCCUCCUGGAUCAAGUCAGCCAUGAGCUGGUUGCCAAGGUUUUUGAUGGGGGCGUGGUCAGUGAUGAUGAGAAGGAGUUCCGUAUCCCUGCGGACCAGGGCAUAGCGGGUCAUGUAGCUAUGACUGGGCAGAUCCUGAACAUUAAGGAUGCGUACUCCCACCCUCUGUUCUACCGAGGAGUGGACGACAGCACCGGGUUUAGAACACGGAACAUCCUCUGCUUCCCCAUCAAGGACGAGAACAACGAGGUUAUUGGGGUGGCUGAGUUGGUCAAUAAGACUAAUGGACCAUGGUUUAACCGCUUCGAUGAGGACCUGGCCACUGCUUUCUCCAUCUACUGUGGAAUCAGCAUCGCACACUCUCUUCUGUAUAAGAAGGUCCAUGAGGCUCAGUUCAGAUCCCACCUGGCCAACGAGAUGAUGAUGUACCACAUGAAGGUGUCAGCAGAGGAGGUGGCCCAGCUGUUGGUAACUGGGCUGGAGCCAGUGGAGGAGAUUCAUCCCUUAUUCGCUGAGUUCACCUACACACCCCGUUCACUACCUGACGACAACACACCCAUGGGCAUCCUGAGUAUGUUUGAGGACAUGGGCUUCAUCAACGCCUAUAAGAUUGACCUGCACACUCUGGCCAGGUUCUGUCUGAUGGUAAAGAAGGGUUACAGAGAUCCUCCCUAUCACAACUGGACACAUGCCUUCUCGGUCUCUCACUUCUGUUAUCUCCUCUACAAGAACCUGGGCCUGGCCAACUACCUGGAGAAUAUAGAGAUCUUUGCUCUCUUUGUCUCCUGUAUGUGCCAUGACCUGGACCACCGUGGGACUAACAACUCCUUUCAAGUGGCCUCACAAUCUGUCCUGGCUGCCCUCUACAGCUCAGAGGGCUCUGUGAUGGAGCGACACCACUUUGCCCAAGCCAUAGCCAUUCUGAACACCCACGGCUGCAACAUCUUCGACAAGUUCUCCAGAAAGGACUACCAGAGGAUGUUGGACUUGAUGAGGGAUAUUAUCCUGGCCACUGACCUGGCUCACCACCUCCGCAUCUUCCCCGACCUGCAAAGGAUGGCUGACGCUGGCUACAAUCCCAGGAAUCAGACCCACCGUUCUCUGCUGCUGUGCCUGCUGAUGACCUCAUGCGACCUGUCGGACCAGACCAAGGGCUGGAAGACCACCCGCAAGAUUGCUGAGCUGAUCUAUAAAGAGUUCUUCUCCCAGGGGGAUCUGGAGAAGGCGAUGGGGAAUCGUCCCAGUGAGAUGAUGGACAGAGAGAAGGCCUACAUCCCAGAGCUACAGAUCAGCUUCAUGGAACACAUCGCCAUGCCCAUCUACAAGCUGCUGUCAGAGCUGUUACCAGGGGCAACCGAGCUGUAUGAGCGUGUAGCGACCAAUCGAGUACAGUGGACCAAAGUCUCCCACAAGUUCAGCGUCCGUGGGUUGCCUAGCAACAAUAGCCUCGACUUCCUGGAUGAAGAGUAUGAAUUGCUGCAAUCCCAGGGUGCACUUGGGGAUGACAGCCACUGCGAUGACACCCAUUGCCUCAACGGUUGCCUGGAUGAGGGGGACGGGGGGAGGGGCCUGUAACCAUACCGACCAAUGGGAGUGGAGAAAGCAGUAUCUCUAGGCUAAUAGAAACCUAAGGAAACUAUUCCCUUUUUACGUCCUCAAGCGGAGAAGGCGGGACUCUGAGACAGUUUGACAUUUGACUGACAGCUGUCAAUCUCUAAGGCUGAGCAAAACAGAUGGAGUGAACCGCAGGAGGGACGAUUCAGAUGAGUCAUUUCAAAGGAGUCGAUUCAGAAUAGUCGAUUCAGACGAUUCCUGUAGAUGCUAAAUGUGACUGAACUCCUGUGAGGAAAGCAGAGAGUCGUGUUGACUCUAGAAAUGAUCAUUUUCAUAACGAGGUCUCCGUCCAUAUUGUUCUGAGUUUCUGUUUCACACACAGGCUCACAGACACCUAAUAGGUCAAUACCUGUGUAAUAACACAUAGGUAAAGAGCUCCUUUCCUAGUUAACAGAAAGCUGUGUAGUACGGAGGACAGUUCUGGAAUCUGUUGGUUUAUGUUGUUUUAAGAUCAUCAGAAUCCCUCCCAUCAGCCCACACACACCCUGAUGAGCUGCUAUGUCACUCAUAUGACUGCUUAUGUAUACUGUAUGUAGCCUACACCUUGUGUGUUACACCCUUUAUCUCAGCCAGUAUUGGAUGUAUUUUUCAUGUCUUAGGCAUCAUGUAAGUCUCUAGUUUGCCAGAUAUUAUAUUUGUAAUUAUAUAUGGAGCCCAUUGGUGGCCCUGCGAUGCCCAGUGGUUAUUAAGGGAAACUGUAUCUGCCUUGUGUCUGCCUUGUGAGUGGAACUUCCCUCUUUUGGAAAUGGGGACAGUUUGACAGUCAAUGAUCACUGGUCAGUGCCAUUCUCAUUAGCUAAAAUCUUCUAUCCCACACACAUACACACAGACAUACACACAGACACCACAACCACCAUUACAACCUUCACAACAAGAGCCACUAAGAGCCAUUCCUAUUUUCUUCUUAGUGUUUCUCUCUGUGUCUCUAUAUAACCCCUAUAACCCUCUAUAUAAGUGAAGCCCUUUAAAUGAUCCAGUGUCAUCAUGUGUGUGUGUGUGUGUGUGUGUGUGUGUGUGUGUGUGUGUGUGUGUGUGUGUGUGUGUGUGUGUGUGUGUGUGUGUGUGUGUGUGUGUGUGUGUGUGUGUGUGUGUGUGUGUUUUGUACGGAUCUGCCUUAUCGUGCAUCUAUGCUGCCUUUCUCAGAGCUUACCAUGUUGGACCAUAGAUACAAACAGACACAGAGGCCAAACAGUAUCUCCAGUGUGUUGAUGUACAGACCUAUAGAUGACAGUGUGUUGAUGAACAGACCUAUAGAUGACAGUGUGUUGAUGAACAGACCUAUAGAUGACAGUGUGUUGAUGAACAGACCUAUAGAUGACAGUGUGUUGAUGAACAGACCUAUAGAUGACAGUGUGUAGAUGAACAGACCUAUAGAUGACAGUGUGUAGAUGAACAGACCUAUAGAUGACAGUGUGUUGAUGAACAAACCUAUAGAUGACAGUGUGUUGAUGAACAGACCUAUAGAUGACAGUGUGUAGAUGAACAGACCUAUAGAUGACAGUGUGUAGAUGAACAGACCUAUAGAUGACAGUGUGUUGAUGAACAGACCUAUAGAUGACAGUGUGUUGAUGAACAGACCUAUAGAUGACAGUGUGUAGAUGAACAGACCUAUAGAUGACAGUGUGUUGAUGAACAGACCUAUAGAUGACAGUGUGUUGAUGAACAGACCUAUAGAUGACAGUGUGUUGAUGAACAGACCUAUAGAUGACAGUGUGUUGAUGAACAGACCUAUAGAUGACAGUGUGUAGGUUAUCAUUGUGUUGGUUAACAGUGUGUUGGUUAUCAGUGAGUUCACUGUCUCAGGAGUUUAAAACACACUACCACUCAACUCCAAUCAAUCAAUCACCUAAAUGUUAAACUAAUGUGUGAAACUGCUGCUCGGUGAAGCAACAGCUUAGCCUCACCACAUGUCAGGGCUUACAUACUGUAUAUGUGGAAGAAUUAAGGCCAUACAUGUGAAUAUAUUUCUUAAAAGGGGCGUACAGGUCAAUAUAUUUGUUAGGUGAAUGAACUGGGGAUCUUGGUUAGGUGAUUGGGGCGUGCAGGUCAAUAUAUUUGUUAGAUGAAUGAACUGGGGAUCUUGGUUAGGUGAUUGGGGCGUACAUGUCAAUAUAUUUGUUCGAUGAAUGAACUGGGGAUCUUGGUUAGGUGAUUGGGGCGUACAUGUCAAUAUAUUUGUUAGGUGAAUGAACUGGGGAUCUUGGUUAGGUGAUUGGGGCGUACAUGUCAAUAUAUUUGUUAGAUGAAUGAACUGGGGAUCUUGGUUAGGUGAUUGGGGCGUACAGGUCAAUAUAUUUGUUAGAUGAAUGAACUGGGGAUCUUGGUUAGGUGAUUGGGGCGUACAUGUCAAUAUAUUUGUUAGAUGAAUGAACUGGGGAUCUUGGUUAGGUGAUUGGGGCGUACAGGUCAAUAUAUUUGUUAGGUGAAUGAACUGGGGAUCUUGGUUAGGUGAUUGGGGCGUGCAGGUCAAUAUAUUUGUUAGAUGAAUGAACUGGGGAUCUUGGUUAGGUGAUUGGGGCGUACAGGUCAAUAUAUUUGUUAGGUGAAUGAACUGGGGAUCUUGGUUAGGUGAUUGGGACGUACAGGUCAAUAUAUUUGUUCGAUGAAUGAACUGGGGAUCUUGGUUAGGUGAUUGGGGCGUACAGGUCAAUAUAUUUGUUCGAUGAAUGAACUGGGGAUCUUGGUUAGGUGAUUGGGGCGUACAGGUCAAUAUAUUUGUUCGAUGAAUGAACUGGGGAUCUUGGUUAGGUGAUUGGGGCGUACAGGUCAAUAUAUUUGUUAGAUGAAUGAACUGGGGAUCUUGGUUAGGUGAUUGGGGCGUGCAGGUCAAUAUAUUUGUUAGAUGAAUGAACUGGGGAUCUUGGUUAAGUGAUUGGGGCGUACAGGUCAAUAUAUUUGUUAGAUGAAUGAACUGGGGAUCUUGGUUAGGUGAUUGGGGCGUACAGGUCAAUAUAUUUGUUAGAUGAAUGAACUGGGGAUCUUGGUUAGGUGAUUGGGGCGUACAGGUCAAUAUAUUUGUUAGAUGAAUGAACUGGGGAUCUUGGUUAGGUGAUUGGGGCGUACAGGUCAAUAUAUUUGUUAGUUGAAUGAACUGGGGAUCUUGGUUAAGUGAUUGGGGCGUACAGGUCAAUAUAUUUGUUAGGUGAAUGAACUGGGGAUCUUGGUUAAGUGAUUGGGGCGUACAGGUCAAUAUAUUUGUUAGAUGAAUGAACUGGGGAUCUUGGUUAGGUGAUUGGGGCGUACAGGUCAAUAUAUUUGUUAGGUGAAUGAACUGGGGAUCUUGGUUAGGUGAUUGGGGCGUACAUGUCAAUAUAUUUGUUAGAUGAAUGAACUGGGGAUCUUGGUUAGGUGAUUGGGGCGUGCAGGUCAAUAUAUUUGUUAGAUGAAUGAACUGGGGAUCUUGGUUAGGUGAUUGGGGCGUGCAGGUCAAUAUAUUUGUUAGAUGAAUGAACUGGGGAUCUUGGUUAGGUGAUUGGGGCGUACAGGUCAAUAUAUUUGUUAGGUGAAUGAACUGGGGAUCUUGGUUAAGUGAUUGGGGCGUACAGGUCAAUAUAUUUGUUAGAUGAAUGAACUGGGGAUCUUGGUUAGGUGAUUGGGGCGUACAGGUCAAUAUAUUUGUUAGAUGAAUGAACUGGGGAUCUUGGUUAGGUGAUUGGGGCGUGCAGGUCAAUAUAUUUGUUAGAUGAAUGAACUGGGGAUCUUUGUUAGGUGAUUGGGGCGUACAGGUCAAUAUAUUUGUUAGAUGAAUGAACUGGGGAUCUUGGUUAGGUGAUUGGGGCGUACAGGUCAAUAUAUUUGUUAGAUGAAUGAACUGGGGAUCUUGGUUAGGUGAUUGGGGCGUGCAGGUCAAUAUAUUUGUUAGAUGAAUGAACUGGGGAUCUUGGUUAAGUGAUUGGGGCGUGCAGGUCAAUAUAUUUGUUAGAUGAAUGAACUGGGGAUCUUGGUUAAGUGAUUGGGGCGUGCAGGUCAAUAUAUUUGUUAGAUGAAUGAACUGGGGAUCUUGGUUAAGUGAUUGGGGCGUGCAGGUCAAUAUAUUUGUUAGAUGAAUGGGGUAUAGGUGAAUAUAUGGAUGGACUGCAUAUAGCUUAAUAUAUUUUGUAGAUGAUUCUCCCUCAGGAUGUCUGUGUGUAUGACUUCACUGACUUUGACUUCAUGUUAUUGUACAGAUUUGAACUGUUCUAAUGGCAUUCAGG